GAAUUAAUCAGUUGUGGCUGAGUCUAAUUAAUAUAUACCAAUUAACCACAAAAUUGGAAGGCGUUUAUAUAUAUUUUUUCGGUUCUUUCAAUAAUCUCUUUACAAAUCGAUGCUGGUGUUGCCAGAAAGUUUGUCCGAAGGGAUUUGCCGUACAUUGUUGUUCGAUAGCUGCAGUUGUACCUCGGCACGCCAAACUACAAUAUCGUUUUACUUGAUGAUGAAGAAAAUUAAGCAGCCUUUCUUCACGAAUUACAGAACGGCAGAGAACGAGGAGCAACUUUAUGGAGCAAAAGAGGACAGCGACGCUGUUUUCAAGAAGUUUCGAUUUGGCUCAUGCAAAGCAGUCAUCAGCGAAGAUUUGUGUCCUGAGCGGCAGGAUGCAGAGCCCUCUGAUAUUAAAACGGAAGAAGAAAAGAAAGAGGUCUCCCACUUUAAAGAGGAAGAGGAGCAGGAGGCUCAUUACAUUAAAACAGAGGAGGAGCCACUGCACCCUUGCAUGAAAUUGGAGGUGGAUGAUCCCCCCUACAUCAAAGAAGAGGAGGAGGGGGUUUUCUGGAAGUUGCCAUUGACUGGUGUCGCCCUGAAGAGGAGAAAUGAGGCAGACACAGGGGUGCAGUAUCCAAGCAGCAGCUCAUGUCAACACAUGACAACACAAGGUGUUGGAAACCAAUGGGGAGGAUCAAAAACAGAUGGCCUAUUAGCUCCACUAUCAGAUCGUGACAUAUUGUCAAACGCUGAUGAUGAUGAUGAGAAUGAAGAUAAAGUGUCUGAUGGUGAUCUGACAUGUCACACUGACAAGAAACCCUGGAAAUGUUCUUGGUGUGGCAAAACGUUUACUUAUAAGAGUCAUUUGAAAUUACACACAAUAACCCACACAGGAGAUAAACCUUUUUCAUGCUUAGUUUGUGCUCGAAGAUUCUCUCGGAAGGAAAGUUUAAAAAAACACACAAGAACACACACUGGUGAGAAAUCUUUUGCUUGUUCAGAUUGUGGCGAAAGAUUCUCUCAAAAGGGAGAGUUCAAAAAGCACGCAAGAACCCACACUGAUGGGAAACCGUUUGCCUGCUCAGAUUGUGGCCAAAGAUUCUCUUACAAGGGACACUUUGUAAAUCACACAAGAACCCACACUGGUGAGAGACCUUUUGCCUGCACAAUUUGUGGGAAAAGAUUUUCUUGGAAGCUUCAGUUGAAGCUGAACACUCUCAAGACAGUAGAGAUGAUCGUGGACUUCAGGAAAUAUCCUUCACCACAGCUGCACCUCACAUUAUCCAACUGCCCAGUGUCAACCGUCGAGUACAACGCUUUAAUUGAAUUGUUGCCAUCUGACUGUGGAUUCCUGGAUAUCCCGAGGACCUCAGGCCGUGGUGGAGGAAUGAGGAACUCACCUCUUGGUUCAACUAUCAUGCCGUGCCAUCCUGGAUUCGGUGGCUCCUUCAAAAACUGUGCUCCCAAAACCUAA